AUGGUGUUUAACACAGCGACAGUGAGCUCAGCUGUAACUCCUGUCGUAAUCCAUACAUUUCUCAGUCAUUACCUCAACCGCAAAGCACGCGCAGAAAAGCCCACAGCGCAUAUAUCCUACGAUGAAGGCCUCCAACUAAUCCGCCAAUUCCUCCUGUAUGCCUCGCGCCAUACCGUUGAAGAUAUCCAGCGUUUCACAUCCCAAUGGGUUCCCAACCCGCGAUGGGUAAAAGUCAACGAGAUCAAGAUCUCCCAGGAGCACAUCUCCAAGUCUGCCGAUGCAAUACAGAUACAACUGGGCCACCACGGCAUCUCGAGGGUUGGUGGUGAGACGUGGUGGCAAUGGCGUAGGCCUGGCAGCGAAUUGAAGGCCGAGUGGAUUGAGAUGAGAGCCGAUUAUCAUCAACGGAAACGGUCGAAGGAUUCUGGGAAGCGGGUUAUGUUGUAUAUCCAUGGUGGUGCGUAUUACUUCGGCAGUGUCGAUGAGCAUCGGUAUCAGAUGCAGAGACAUGCUAGGAAGCUGAAGGCGAGGGAUCCUUCGACUAUUAUCCUUGCCGGCGACUCUGCUGGCGGAGGGAUGGUUUUAAGCAUGCUAGUAACUCUGCGCGAUCAAGGGCUUCCAUUGCCAGCUGGUGCUGUUCUCAUAUCGCCAUGGGUGGAUUUAACAAAUUCCUUCCCAAGUGUAGCGUUGGAUAAUCCUAUGGAUUAUAUACCACCCUGGGGCUUCCACCAUCGCCCUUCUCCCGCGUGGCCACCUCCAAAUUCGGAUGAUAUGUUGACCGCUGAGGAAGAUAUUGUGAAGAAACGGGCGCAUAUAGGUCACCAAAAGCAUCCCGAGCAGAGUGAAGAAGAUGCUGUUCGAGGGUUCCGCAUAUACCAUAACGUUCAAGUCGAAAAUCAAAAUAACGAGGCCAUACCAGAGACGGAAACGAGAAAGGAUGGGAGGCCUCAACCUAAUCCAGUACCUCGCAAUGGCAACAUGUCAAUCAUGAUCGGUGGUAAUCUGGUAGAAGUUAAGGACCAGAUUCAAAUGUAUGCGACGAACCAGCUUAUAACCCAUCCCUUAGUCUCCCCGGUAUUACAACCAUCCCUGGGAGGUUUACCUCCACUCCUCAUCAUGGUUGGGGGUGGGGAGAUGCUCAGAGACGAGCAAAUCUACUUAGCUCACAAAGCAGCAAACCCGACGAAGUACCCUCCAAGCGACGCGUUCCUCGACGAGUAUCCACACGAUCAUGCCAGAAGCCAAAUUGACAGGUGGAAGCCUACUGAUGUACAGUUACAGGUCUGGGACGAUCUGUGUCAUGUUGCACCUACGCUGAGCUUUACACGACCCGCUAAAUAUAUGUAUCGAUCAAUUGCGCAGUUUGGUGCAUGGGCAUUGGCAAAAGCACAGAAGGCCGGAAUUGAGAUUAUGGACGAUGAUGAUGUUUCAGUGAUCUCCAGGUCCGAAUCUGAUGACGAGGACGUCAGGCCUGAGAAAGAAAUGGGAACCGUCCCUGCAGAACCUCAUCACGACUGCGGGCAAGUAGGCAAGGCCGGAGACCCUCUCCCCCGCUUCAAGAACCAUAUGAUCCGGCAGUCCGUCGACCGCCAUGGGAACACCUAUCGUCUCCGACCGGAAUCCAAACUUCCAGGAUGCAACAUGCCGGCAAAUCAAAUUGGAGUCAUCAACGAUGGCCUACUCAGAAAAUGGAUGGCACGGAAAGAAGAAUGGGACACAAAGUACGCUUCCACAAAACGCAAAGUCCAGAAGCAGCGUGCCAGGGAAAUAGCAAAAGGAUACCAGGAAUUUGGUAACGGCGAAGUCCCCCCUCCGUCUGCUUUGGCCGGCCGGAGACUGAAAGGAAAGGAUCUAAAAGAAGGGAAGAAUAAGCGUAGUAUGGGCAUGAGCCUUUGGGCACUAUGGGGUAGCAAGCAUGACGAGAAAACUAUCGAGGCUGAGCAGGAAGCUGAUAGAGCGCCCGAAACUACCUCUGUUUCGCCAGCUGGUGGCGCCGCUGCGAGGGGCUUGCAUCCAUCUCAGCCCGAGAAGGAUAUGGACAACAGGAGUAGAUCAAGGAGACGGAUUGUGACUGACGAGUAUCAGACUAGCGACGGUGUUGACGAGAAUACUUCUGCAGUUGACAUGCUUGCCAUCAAGGAGGGCAAAGGAAAUACUCAGAACCAAGCGCCCAAUUCCGCAGCUCAGCCAUCCAUUCUAGUUCGCGCCCCAACCAACCAAAACGAAGGCGAUGACUUUGACCGCAAACGUCCCAAGGCUGGAGGCAUCGCGUUUCCAUUCAGCCUGUCGGGCCACAAGGCUACAGCUAGCAUGACUACGCUAACUAGUGCGGUGGGUGUGAGCCCAGGGGAGGAUAUUGAGACUCCUGGCGCAAGGGAGGACGGGUUAGAAAGGGAUUCGGAGAGAGAAGAUGGGAAAGCGGUUGGGGAUAGGAAAGCACUCGGUAAAGGGGUUCAGCGGCCGCCACUCGAAACGUUCGUUACUGCGUCAGAGGGCUUGCCUGUCGUUAAUGGGUUGUAG